AUGAGCGGCGAGCGGACAUAUGGAGAGGAUCUGCCAGACCAAGUCGAUCGGCUAGUGAACUUAUCCGACGCCCAGCUUGAGCUGCUCGCAGAUGUACGCGAGUUGUACAAAGACCGGGCUGCACUAGAGCGUGACUACGCUGCGAAACUCCAGGCACUCGCAAGAAAGGCGGCAGAGAAGAGGAGCAAAAAGGACUCGAUGUUGGUAGUAGGGAGUGAGCCUACCAAAGCUUGGGGCGAAGAUACACUGCAACGAAGCACUUGUCACAUUGCGUACUCGCAGAUUAUCUCAUCGAUUCUUGACUCGGCCCAGGCUCACGUCAACUUAUCUGAUGCACUGGCCUCUCAAGUGGUGGAUGUUCUCAAGGGCACCGAACGUCGGCAUGAAGAUGCCAAGAAGAAGCAAGAACAAUACUUCACGAAGCUUCUAUCAGAGAGAGACCGUGUGUACGCUAGCCGUGCCAAGAGUAAACAAAAGUACGAUGAAGAAUGCAACGAAGUUGAAACAUACCGCUUGAAACAAGAGCGUUCCUCCGACGAUCGUCAUGCAGAACGAGCUGCAAAACAAUACGAGCAGCAGCAAGUUGAUAUGCUCAACGGGAAGAAUUCCUAUCUUAUCGCCAUCGCCGUUUCUAACAAGGUGAAGGAAAAGUUCUACAAGGAGGAUCUGCCAGCAUUGGAGGACCAAUUCCAAACUCUACAUAGUCAACUUAUCACAAAACUCGCUUGUAUAAUGCUGCAAGCACAGGCGUUGCAGAAGAAUCAUCUGGACACACUUAGCGGACACAUUGCAGCUGCGGAAGGAAAAAUUGGAGCCAUCAGUCCACGGGCGGAUCAGGAUCUAUUCAUCGAGCACAACAUCCGAGCAUUCAUGCUACCUCCUGACUGGAGCUUCGAGCCGUGCGCCACUCACUACGACAGCGGUGAUAUGAGUGUAGAAUCCGCUCCUAAGAUUUAUUUACAAAAUCGCUUGACCAAGUGCAGGGAGAAGCUGGGUGAAUUGACGCCAAUCAUUGAUGCAAAGCGCAGGGACGUGAACCAAUUAGCGAAGAUGGUGGAAGCGUAUUCCGUAGACCCAAAGCUAGGCAGUGCAGUAGAGGCAUCAGACAAUUAUCUAGAGGCUCAACACCAGCUGACAUUUUACACAACGUCCGAAUGUUUGUUAUCAGCGGAGGUGGAGACCAUCGCCGCGGCCCUCAGUGGUGCGUGCUUCUCCCUUUCAGCCUCGUGUUUUCCCUUCCUCCGCGUAACAGUAUGUCUGAAGACCGCUACAACGCCUUCAUGUCCUCGUGAUGAGGGCGAUCAGAGGCCACAUGCAUUCAAGAGUGUCGCCUUCUCUAUUCCCGCUGCCUGCGUUUAUUGCAAGUCGCCUAUAUGGGGGCUAGGUAAGCAAGGGAAGACCUGCAAGGUCUGCGGGAUUGCUGUUCACACCAAGUGUGAACUCAAGGUCCCAGCGGACUGCUCAGGAUCUCGUGGGACGGCCCGUGCCCCUGCUUCUGGUACUACAUCUGCUACGUCUGCAUCUGUCUCACGCUCGUCCUCGACUAUUUCCAAGUUAAGCGACUCUCAAGCGGUUUCGGGUAAGGGCACGUUUCUUCCCGCGAAGAGAAUCAAUUCACAAAAUGUUGUAGAGGGCAGCGAGGUUCAAGUGCUAGAAGAAGAUGACGGGUCCGGAUGGAUUAAAGUCGCCGAUCAACAUGGAGGUAGAGGUCUCGUCCCAGCCUCCUACAUUGAAUUAUCAGAAGGACCUGCUGCGACCGCUCCUCGUGUUGCUACUGUCUCACCGCCUCGCCAACAAGGGUCUGGUCAAUUCGUGCGAGGUAUUUAUCAAUAUCAAGCACAAGGUCCAGAUGAAAUAAGUGUUACGGAAGGUGGUUUGCUCGAAUUGACAGGUGGCUCCACAGGGGGGACCAACUACGCUGACGGUUGGUGGGAAGGUAUCGAUACCAUGGGGAAGAAGGGCAUAUUUCCCAGCAACUAUGUGAAGCGCGUCAUCCUGUUCGUAGCAUAUCUUCUUACGUAG